AGCAAGAAACAGGAAGAAACCAGCUGGUAAAACACAAUCACAGGCUGGCAGGAAAUCAGUGACUAUUUGUCACUCCUUCCAAAGAGGAGGAAAACGGUGGCAAAUAUUCAGUACCAUCAAGUAUCCAGCAGAGAGAUUAAAUCACCUUUUCUCCAUGCCAGGAUACUCAGAGUUUUACUUCAAUGUGGACCAUGGCUACUUGGAGGGUCUGGUCCGAGGGUUCAAAGCUGGGAUCUUGACAAGUGCAGACUAUGUCAAUUUAGCGCAGUGUGAGACACUAGAAGAUCUGAAGUUACAUCUACAGACUACAGAUUAUGGCAACUUCUUGGCUAAUGAAACUGGCCCUCUCACUAUUUCCACUAUUGAUGAUAAACUGAAAACAAAACUACUCACAGAAUUUCAUUACUUUAGAAACCACGCUUUUGAACCACUUGCCACUUUUCUGAAUUUUAUCACGUACAGCUAUAUGAUCGACAACGUAAUUCUUUUAAUAACUGGCACAUUACAUCAGCGUCCCAUAGCUGAACUUGUUCCCAAGUGCCAUCCACUGGGGAGCUUCGAGCAAAUGGAAGCAGUCAGCAUUGCCUCAAACCCCACUGAGCUGUUCAAUGCAAUUUUGGUUGACACGCCAUUAGCUGCUUUCUUUCAAGACUGCUUAUCUGAAAAUGACCUGGAUGAAAUGAACAUUGAAAUAAUGCGCAACAAACUGUACAAGUCUUAUCUCGAGGCAUUCUAUAAGUUUUGUGAAAAACAAGGUGGUACUACAGCAGAAAUAAUGAGACCUAUUCUUCAGUUUGAGGCAGACAGGCGUGCCUUUAUCAUCACUAUUAAUUCAUUUGGCACUGAGCUGAGUAAGGAUGACCGAGAGAAGCUGUAUCCAGCCUGUGGAAAGCUGUAUCCAGAAGGCUUACACCUGUUGGCCAAUGCAGAUGACUACGAGCAAGUGAAGUGUGUUGCAGAUUACUACGCAGAAUACAAAGCUGUGUUUGAAGGUGUAGGGAAUGGCACUGGAGAAAAGACACUGGAAGAUGCAUUUUUUGAACAUGAGGUAAAGCUGAAUGUGCUUGCAUUCAACAACCAGUUUCAUUUUGGAGUAUUUUAUGCCUAUGUAAAGUUAAAGGAACAGGAAUGCAGGAACAUUGUAUGGAUUGCUGAAUGCAUUUCUCAGAGACACAGAACCAAAAUUAACAACUACAUACCAAUUUUCUAAAUCUGAGAAUUUAUAAUUUUACAAUGGCUGAAAAGAUACAUUAUUUCAUAGAAAAGAAGAAAUAUCUUAUUUCAAAAGUUAACUCUUAUCAGUAGAUUCUAUUAAUUAUAUUUAAUUGUAUUAAUGAUCCUUCCUUGAAAGAAAGUAAUGUAAUUAGAGAUAUAAGUAUUUAAUAAGGAAAUAUUAAUGGCCUUAUUAAUAAUUAUUGUUCAUAGAUUUCUUCCUCACUGUGUCCAUUUAAAUUAUAUUGAUCAAUAAAAACUCCCUGCAAAGUCUUA